GUUUUGGUUUGUAUGCUACUGAUUGCUAAGAAGCAGAAAAUCACUUUUGGGUGUGAUUAAUAUAAUAUACAGUAUUAUAAUUAUUGAGCAUGAUGUCAUGAUGAUUGCUUACACUAUAGGCCUAGUAUUAUAUAUGCUGACACUUUCACCAGUGUUAUGUCAGUCUUUAAACGCUGAUCAGACAUGUACCGGUCCUAAUGAGUAUAUUGACAAGAAGACGGGAAAUUGCACCAUGUGCCCUACGACCUGCCCACCUGGUUAUGGGUACUUUGAGUAUCCAUGUGGUUAUGGAACGAUGAAAACAGACAGGUGCUACCCAUGUGAAGAUGGAGAAACGUACAGUGCUGCAGAUGAUAGCAACCGAUGUUACCCCUGUAACCCCUGUCAUAAUCACGAAAAAAUUAAAAAUUGCACAGUAACUGCCAAUGCUGAAUGCCCGGCAUGUGUACAUGGGUAUGGUUGGGACCAAUUCAGGGCAGUCUGUAAGGACUGCGAGCAUGCAAGAAGGGAACUCCCAGGAUGUGAAAAACCUCCAGAAGUGAUGGUAACUGAACACCGUGUACAUAGAGCAGUCUGUAAAAAUGUUCCCGAGCAGUCGCUUCCCGACCAGUAUUCCUGGUUCCUGGAUGAUGAAAUUCUUGACACAUCCGAUGAAAACAAGUUUGUAUUAAAAGGAAAUAAGUUGCUUAUAUUAGACCCAGACGUAGAGGACUAUGGUGUUUAUACGUGCAGAGCAGAAUGGAAUGCCAAUGAAGACCGCAACUUUGAUAUUAUGAAAAUGAGUUCCAACAAAGUAGAGACUUUCCCUACAGAAGAGCAUGGAGAGAUCAUCAGUGAAGAUACAGUAACAGAACACAUGCUUUCCACUAAAAAAGAAUGUAUAGAUGACAAUGAUGGAGAUGCAGCAAAAACUGUUAUUAAUUGUCAUCCUUGUUUACAUCACUGGAUUUCAUGGAUAAUCAUUAGUAUAAUCUGCUUGCUUCUUCCAAAUGCAUGGUUUUAUAACAAGGUCAAUUGCAAAAGUAAAUACACUACAGGAAGUCCAUCACAAAUCUUGGUAUACCAGACACAAACUCCCUUGCCCACACAACAUAUACCUACUCAUGUACCUCUCCUGAGACCUGAACCCCAAAAUUUGUCCCUUCAUGAGGAUGUGGAAUCGGCAAAAACACUUGGUCAUAUUCAAGAAUUAAAAACUAGCAAUCAAAUGGAUUAUACUGAUGAUCAUGUAAUGGUUACCCAGGUUACAGAAGAAAAGUGUACAAGACAACCUGAAGAAAAAAUUGAAAAUAUAUACAAGAAAACUUUGGGAUGUUCCUCAGGUUUGUAUUAUCAUGAACUUGAUGUGGAAACGAUUGAUUGGUUGACAUUGCUGCUUAACCCACACAAAAAUCCAGACCCACCAAUUAAGUAUUGGAUACACCUUGCAAGUAAACUUGGUACAGACCAGGCCACGAUAAAUUCUCUUGGGACAUACAAACGUUUUCAUGAGUAUCUAUUUACGAAAGAUGUGUCAAUGCAAAUAUUUUUAGAAGCUCUGUGGACAGUUGGAAAUCAUCAGGCGACUAAAGUUGUCUGCAAGGCAGUGAUGAAAAUGCACAAAAAUAGAAAUUAAAUGAUUAAAAUGAAUGGUGAGUUUAUGUUUGUUUAAAAAAUGAUUUCAGUAAACUUCUGUUCACACUUGUCUUCCUUGAUAAAUAUUUGUGAUAUGUCCAUAUGAUUGGUGGUGUCAUAUCACACUCAUAGUGUGAAAAAAGCCUAAGGCAUAAUUUUUGGGAUGACAAGGUGAUCUGAAAAUGUCGACAGUCUUCACUAGAUAGUUUCUCAAUAUGAAAUAGGGAAGGAAAUUUAUAAAUUUGUAAAUUCAUUAUUUUAUUCUUUAUACUGCCAAACAUGUAAUUGUUGUAUUGUCUUUAUGCCAGCAUAUUUUAACAUAAAUGUCACUCAUAUAUGAUACAGUAUUUGUCCCAUAUGUUCAUAAGCCCCUAUCGCAGUGGACUUAAUUUGGUCAAAUUAACCGAGUCACUGGCUAAAUUUACAAAAAAAAAUCCAAUCCGAACGUCGGUUACAAUUCCCUCAGGGUUAAAUUAACCAAGCCGAAUGGUUAAUUUUACCCACCUCAGCCUGCCCAGUAAAACUUACCACGGUCUCGGUUAAAUUAACCAUGUUGGUCAAGAAGUCCAAUCCGAAGGUGCAACAUGGUUAAAACUUCUUCCAUGUUGACACCGCUCGAACAAAACUGGAAGUUGAAGUCACAAACUAGCGCCCUCAAUAAUAUUUUUUAUACACAAGGUUAAAUCUUGGUAAAACUAUGGUAAAACUAACCGCGUGAAUAAUCCAAGUGCGAACAAUGGUGAAAUGUACCCAUGACUUAGGUUAAAGUUACCCUGGUUAAAUUUACCAUUUUUUAAAUCCAGUGCGAACAAGGUUAUAGUGUGAACAUAGCUAAAUUACAUUCCUUGAUGGGAGCUAACAUGUCAAUCAAUUCUAUUAUUUAUUUACUUUUUUUUGAAUGAAUUACCCGAUCAAUUGAAAAAUCUUCUAAGUGCUUUAUAAAUAUAUAAUUACAUUUGUUUCUUGCAUUUUCCGAAUCUGAAAUAUAUGCUUAGUUUGAUUUUAUAUUCUAUAUUUUUUAUUUUCUUUCUGAUAUUUUUAAUUUAUCAUCUCAUUGAAUAAGUUAAUUAUUGAGACACAUUUGUUGUUGUGUAUGAGACCUCGCAUUAAAAACUUAUUACAGUGGGGUACCUUUUUCACAAUACUGUGGUAUUUAAUAUAUAGUUUACUGUAUUGUGAAAUAUUAAAUAUUUACAGUACUGUUCACAGGGGUCCCAAGUUGAAAGAAGUCUCUUCUGUGAGAUCCGGUAAAUGAGCUUUUUGAACAUAUAUUUUAUUUUAUUUUGCUGCGAAUGGUGAUACCUAUUGGCACUGACUUCCAUGAAACAAUUGAAAAUAUUUUGAAUUUGAGAGAGAUGGGUUAUUUUCCGGGAGGUUCUUGCGGGUGUGCGGGAGGCCAUUCAGAUUUCCAGGCGACUUCCAACUUGGGAUGCCCUUGUUUCUGUUAAUACCUAUGUAUAAAAUUAUAGUAUAUUAUGUUGCAUUAUGAUAAACAAGAUGUAUAUCUAUUUAUUCUUCAGAUAUGGACAAUAGUGUCAAAGAAUUACAGUAUAUUAUAGAUAUUUUUUAAAAAUAUAUUUUUGAAAUAAUGAAUGUUGAUGGAUAGGUUAAUAAAAAUACAAGGCUAAGUAAUCAGCUAAAGACACUGUUGGAAUGCUGCCACCAUCAGCUCUCUUAAUCAUUCUGCUUUAUAGGAUUUAUAAUUUGUUUGCCUUUGCCUACUUGUUAUAUAAAAUUGAGUUUAUUCAUGGUUUGGUGGUAAGAUACCCAUCCUUCAAUCCAGGGUCCUGGGUUUAAAUGCUGUUAAAUCUGUUCUCGUGAUUUGAUUUAUGUGCAGUACAUUAUUCAAAAUGCUACUAUGCAUGCUGUGGAAGCAUAAGAAAAAUGAUGGUUUUCUGUGAAUUUGCUGCCGGUCCGAUUUUGCAUUUUGAGCGUAUUCUGGUACACACUGGUCUCAUUCGAAGUUUUAUAAUUAACGGAUCAGUGGUGGAUCUGAGGCAUCUUCAUGCCAUGCUAUUGGGAGCCAUCGUGAUUUCAAUCUAACUACUGCCGCACAUAUACUCUGUUUACUUGAGUAACAAUAAAUAAUAAUGGGUGUACUCGUAACCUAACACUCAAAAAUGCGACCUUAGACCAGAGCAGCUCUGAGAAAUUUGACCAUCAUACUAUAUUAUAAAAAGUUAUUCUUGCAAUUGCAAAGACAAAUAACAGAAAAAUGUCUACAAAAUGUAUGGCUUGAUUCUUACCGUAUUUAUUCAAAUAAACGCCCCGGGGCGUGUAUUGUUAAGAAGGGUUUUUGAGGGAGCGUCUAUUUGAGGGAGCCAAAUUCGAAGGAGGCGUUUAUUUGUUUUGGUGCAAAAUGGAUAUGUAUACUCAGAUAUACGCCCCUUAUUUCACUGUUAAUGUAAUGAUACAGCAUUACUGACAAAAAAUGUGUUAUUGCGUGAUCAUACUGACUUAUUGAUCCCAACCAUGUUAGAAAAGAUGUAAUUCUGCAGAACAUUAAUUGAAUGUGUUGAGAAUGAUGUUGCUUCCAUUGGAUUUGUUUAGUCAUUUAGGGUGAAGGGGGAAGGGGGGGAGCGUGAUUUAUUAGAGGAAAAUAAGAGCCUUGGGUCGUUCAUUCGAGGGAGGCGUUUAUUCUAAAUGAGGUUCUAGAUGGGGCGUUUAUUCAAAGCUGGGUGUUUAUUCAAAAAUAAAUACGGUAAUUACGUUGUCUGCAAAUUUUUCAUGGAUGUCCUUAAUAUCUUUGAUAGUUAAUUUACACAUUUGAAAUGUGUAGAUGUUUCUGAAGAGAGAUAUAAUUGGUUUUUUGUUUUGAUUCAUUCUGUUCUAAAGUUUUGUAUCAAAAUGAAAGGCAGCCAAACUCUAAUUUGAAUUAGAGUGGGGGUAUUAAUCUAUUUAGUAAGGUCAUUUAAACUUAUUGAGUGACAGCUGAAAUGGGUUAAAAUGAGGACUGAUGAAUUUACAAGUGUUGGACAUUCCAAAUCAAACCAUGAAAAAGUACUAAACAUGGUUUUUGUAAUUUAAAUACAGUAUACAUUUUUAUAAAGUAAUAAUUUUGCUUCCACUGUGCAAACGUAUUCAGUAAUUGAGUCUGUUUUGUGUAUAGCAACCUGCAUUAAAUGUAUACCAUACUGCCAUCUAAAAUCGAAUACUAAAGAUUGAAUUUCUAAUUUUUUUAUCAGUAGGUUAACUUUUAACUGAAAAAAGAAAUCCCUUACCAUGAACAUUUAAGUACUCUAAUAUGAUUCAUUUAUUCUUUUUAUUAUAUGUAGUAAAAUAUUUGUAAAUCAUUAGUUUAUUUCAAUAUUGAGACUUGUUUGGUAACUUGUUAUUUUGAUUUUCUUGACGUUUAGGGUGUUAAUUAUAUUUAGAUCUGUCUAAACGUCCUAUCAGUUGUUGACUCUUUGUUUCUGAGUGCAGUGAGUAUGUACUGCAGACACUACGUCCCUACCAAAUCACAUGCUUGAAACUUUGUCUCAGAAAUACUGGCAUAGUGUCCGAUAUGGGGUAGUUUUGCAUCUACUGUAUAUAUUGUAUUUUAAAGUAGUUAAGAUUCUGUUUAGCUGUUGUCCUAGGUAAGACGUUAAACUACAUCCGGUUGAGUUAAGGCGAAUAUAGUGGCAUCCUCUUUGGAAGGGCACUCCUCGGAGUCAAUGACCAACCAUGUAGAAUUAUUUUUGUUUUUGUUAAACAUUGUUCAUUUAUUUCUUAAUAUUUACAUUCAAGUACAUACUGUUGGAUUAUGUGCUAUAUAAAUACAUUAUGAGGCACAUUUCUUUUACAAUUUAAUAAUGGUAGUUACCGCAAGACGGUUUAGAGUUAAUCAUUAUAUGUACUGUAACAUUUCUUAUAAUAUGGAAAAAGUAUCUCUUUAGAGAAUAUGUCAUCGUCUGUAUUUUAAGGUAUUUAAGAUUUUGAUCAGCUGUUGUCCUGGAUAUGACGUUAAACUAACAUUUGUUAUGUAAAAUAAUGAAGUGGGGAGACUCGAUGAUUAAGUGAUUGGGGGCCUCUAGCUCGCUAAGUAAGGUGAUAUGAGGUGAUUUUUAUGUACAGGACUUGAGUGGGAUUUCUUGCUUCGAACAUUUUUAAUGGAGGUUGGGGUUUUUUAAGGGGCAACCUGCGCACCCCUAGAUACGCCACUGUAAUCAUAUGUCGACUGAAGUUUCUGAAGUAGUAUGUACUUAGUGUGCAUACCCUUGUUGGCUGUAGACAGUGUCAAGUACAGUAUAGACACUGGCAUUUGCCAAUUCAUGGGUAUGGGGGUGUAUAUUAUGUCUGUCUCUAUUCAACUGUAUUCCUUCCCAAGGGUCAUCUCAAUGAUCAGUGGCGGAUUCAGGGUCCUCCCUUAUAAAUUUUUCAAAAAUAUUUUUUAAAAAUGGAGAAAAAAAGAAAAUUAUAUUCGGCCAUCUGCCAUACUUCAGCCCCAACUAUGGUGGGGCUCAGAUGGUUUAGUCCCUUCAUCUGUCAAAGUACCUCCAUUUUGAACUCAUGGAUCCGCCACUGAUGUCAUCCUAAAGUCAGUUCUGUGUGUUGAUAUUGAAAUGUAUUGAAGUGUUUUGUAUUACAUACCGGUAACACUUUUUAGAGUGUUGACUACGUAUUCUUGCUGUAAUAUUUCAUGUAUUCUUAUAUUGUAUUCCGACCUAAGUUGUCAAUUAAAUGCUUCAAUUCUUGUACAUACA